UUCAGUAACUCAGUGAAUUUCAAAGUAAUCUGACCAACCCUUCACAUUUCACAUUUUGGAAAUCCCUAAUUGUGACAGUUAAAAUAAAUUGAUAAAUUACAUUAAAAAAAUGUAUAGCAAAUCACCUUUAUUUGAAUACAUAUUCCAUCCACAGUAAAGUUAAUACGUAAACGUUUAUUCUAAAGCGUCUUUUCCUAACUGUCCCAAACGGCUUCCAUCUCACGAAAUUACCCAGUAGCCGUUGACGGCUCUUUAGGUGACGGAUCGAGUCCAGUAUUACAAUUUUCUUUUACCCCUUUUCCUUUAUUUUUUGGGCCAAAAAAAGAGAAAAGGAUUGCAAUCUCAGGGCUCACCAUACUCAAUGAGCGGACAGCGCAAUGUCAGAGCGCUCUGGGCAAACUGCAAAGGGGAAGGAAGGCAAAACCAAGUAUGCGUCUCUCAACCUGUUUGAUACAUACAAAGGAAAGAGUCUUGAAACACAAAAGCCUGUUGUUCCCCCCCGCCAUGGCCUGCAGUCUCUUGGUAAAGUUGCCUCCGCACGGCGUAUGCCACCACCUGCCAACCUGCCCAGUCUGAAGGCAGAGAACAAAGGCAACGAUCCAAACGUCUCGCUCGUUCCCAAAGACGGCUCAGGAUGGGCAAGCAAACAGGAACAAGCAGCGGACCCAAAGAGUACCGAUGCAUCGCCAGCACCGCAGCCGGAAUUGCAGCAGCCUGUGGCUUCACCGACACCUGCACCGAUCCGCCCGAGAACCCCGCCAGCUUCAGAGCCUCUGGUGCCAGCUUCAACCCAGGCCGCAGGGGCAAGGUCUUGGGCACAGGCCAGUGGUACACAUGGAACACAAGGGGAUGGUGGAAAGGCAUUAAACCAACAGUCGCCAUUCUCUCGCGAGGAAUUUCCCACCCUGCAGGCGGCUGGCGACCAGGACAAAGUUGGCAAAGAACCGGGCACUGCAGAUCAGUGGUAUGGGCCCGUACCAAACCUCCGCCCCCAGAACGUUACAAGUUGGCGGGACGGUGGGGGCCGACCCAUGGCGCCCACCCUGUCUGGGGAGGGGGCAGUGGAGGGUGGCCUUGGUGGGGCUCUGGUGAUGGAUGGGGCAGCUGGGGUCCCCCUUCUGAACUCUCAGUCCCACGGGCCACCUAGGAACCCUCCCGCAGGCAGCCCCGCCUUGCCACUGCCCCAGCCCCCUGUGGGACCUGGGUUCCCGCAAUACAGAGGGAUCAUGCCUCCAUUCAUGUAUCCUCCCUACCUGCCCUUUCCGGGUCCUUAUGGCCCUCAGGGGCCCUACAGGUACCCGGGACCCGGGGAAGGGCCCCCGCCAAGGUUCAGGCAGGCUGUUCCUCAGGGCGGCCAACGUGAAGGAGGUGGAGAGGGGCCAAAGCGACCCUCUAUCCUAAAGCAGGAUGACCUGAAGGAGCUAGACGAGCUGGACCACGACGGAGAUGACGGAUGGGCCGGCGCUCAUGAGGAAAUUGAUUACUCUGCCAAGUUGAAGUUCAGUGAUGAUGAAGGAGAAGAAGAGGGGGAAGAGGAGAGAUCCGAGAGUAAGAAUGAAUUACGUGAGCAGCAGAGGUCCCAGGAUGCUCCCCCUGCAGCCUCUCGCUCUCGAGCCUCGGACAGCGGCGGAGAAUCUCACUGCACUCCCCCCUCUAAUGCUGACAAUGGUCCGCAACCCCCCUCCAGCAAGCCAGGAUGGGCCGAGGAGGGAGGCGCUGGCGUGGGAGGCCAAGGAGCACCAACAAACUUCCAGGACCGGGCCCAAAACCAGGGUACCUCUCAAGGCCCGGGGAAGCCUCUGCCCGCCCAGCACCAGCCAGCACCAGGAGGCCCCUCUCCAAAUGCCCAGCCUCAGGACAACGAUGAGGAUGAGACUUGGCGCCAGCGCAGGAAGCAGUCCUCCACUGAGAUCUCUGCUGCUGUAGAGCGAGCCCGUCGCCGCCGCGAGGAGGAAGAACGUAGGAUGGAGGAAGAGAGACGUGCAGCCUGUGCAGAGAAGCUGAAGAGGCUGGACGAGAAGCAGCAACAGCAGCUGGGCAGCAACACAGACGGUGGUAGCGAAUGUAAAAGCCCCAGUCUGGAUGGAAACUCUACUGCUGCCACAGGAGGCAGCCCUUGUCCAUCUAUUUCAGCCUCUGCAUCCUCCCCUAACAUCAGCCAGCCCCCAUCCCCCUGUGUUGACCCCGAGGAGCCUCCAGUGCUGCCGGGGUCCAGUCCUGGAAUCAUCGAACGUCAGCGAGCCAGCAGCAACAGCAGCUAUGACUCCAGUGCAGAAGCGCCACAGUGUCCCCAGCCGGCUGUGUCACAGCCCCUGCAGCCCGCACUGGACGUGCCUUUACCAGAGGAACCCAAGGAAGAGGCCGUUAGCGCCACACACAUUCGUGCUAGCAGUGGAGGUGAAAGAGGAGUAGACCCGGUGAAGAUGGAGAAUAUCGGAGGGGGAGCAAGUCGUCAAGCUGGAGGUCCUCCAGGCCAGGGUUACUCGAAGUACCAGAAGUCUCUUCCACCUCGGUUUCAGAGGCAGCAGCAGGAGCAGCUCCUGAAGCAGCAGCAGCAGUGGCAGCAACAGCAGCAGCAGCAGCAGCAGCACAGCCAGGCUUCACAAAGCCAGCUGUCCCCCCAGCCCCAGCCUCAGCAGGGUCCUUCACCAGGUUCAACACCCCAGCCAGGCCCUGGACCUAAGCAGGGUGGCCCCAUGUAUCAACCCGGCAACAUGGUUCGACCCCCGCCCCUGCCAAUGAAUUUCGACCCUCGCUGGAUGAUGAUGCCCUACAUGGACCCCCGCAUGAUGCAGGGCCGCCCUCCACCUAUGGACUACUAUUCAGCAGGCAUGCACCCGUCUGGGCUUAUUGGGCGUGAACGGUCUGAUUCAGGGGGGUCUGGUUCAGACCCCUUUGAUAGGCAGCAACAGCAUCCUGGGCACCCUCACCGUGGGACCCCCCCUAUGGAUCCUAAGAUGGCCUGGGGGCAGGAGGUAUUCCCUGGUGGAGUAGAGGGCCGUGGACUAACCUCCCCACUCAGACAGAAGCAGGCAUUGGAGGAUGACGAUGUGGCCAAAGGGCCCAGGAGCGACACUCCUCCUCAUCGCAUUCAAGAGGGUAGAUUGGGACCCAUUCAGCAGCCCAGCUCCACCUCUGGGACAUCCAAUCAGACACCGCCGCUAGUUGGCAAUCAAGUUGGGACCCAGGGCCACCACCCUCAUCACUACAUGAGUGGGCGGGGCAACUACAGCAACUUCCCUGACCAGGGUGCGAGGAUGCAUCCCCACCAACAACAGAGGGCGGAGAGGGGAAAUCAGCAGCACGCCUACACCCACCAGGAAGAAGGACCUCCACGAGGGUCUCAGCAGGGACAGAUAUGGGGAGCCCCUCACCCUCACUAUGAUCGCAACGGCCGUACUGAACAUCCCCCAAUUGAGAGCAACUCUCAUCUCCACCACCAUCACAGCCACCACCCUCAGCAGCCUCACUUCCCUCUCCAUGGCCAUAAGCCAGAGAACAACAGGGUUGUUGAGGCGCCUGCUAAGAAGACUGACUCUUCUCCCCCAAUCAACCAACCUUCCCUCUCAUCCUCUUGCUCUUCCUCCUCCUCCUCUGUCAGAGAAGAUGGGAAUGUCAAAGCUGUCCUGCACCAUCACCCGAAUCAGAGAGAGAGUGAAGGGCACAGUCAGGCUGAAAGAGGCAACAGUGGCAGUAACAACCAUGUGAAACAGGAGAAAACCGGCCCAGCAUACACUCCCCAUUCCUCCAUGACCCCUAGCCCAACCCCUGCUCAACAUGGCACUCAAACUCAACAGCAGCAGCAGCAGCAGCAGCAGCAGCAGCAGCAGCAGCAGCAGCAGCAGCAGCAGCAGCAGCAGCACCACCACCCUCAUGCUAAACCAAACCAAAGAGGGGGGCGGGAACACAAAACGGAGACCCAGUGGGGCCCACGACCUGGAAGCAGCAGUACUGGUGGGGGGUCCUCUCAUGGUAGGAGGGCCAACAAUGCUGGAGGUGGGAACCACUCCCGUGGAGGGGAGGACUCUAACACUCCAUCGGACCACAAACCCUCCAACCAGACAGGGGGCAGCAAUGCCAACAGGAGGGCCGGCCCAAUUAAGAAGCCGGUGCUGAAAGAGAUGAAGAGAGACGGAGGGGAAGCUGAUGGGGGAGAAAAGAAUAUCUUUAAUAAGGAUAAAGAGAAGGAUAGUAGCCAAACCACCUCGGUGAAGCAGGAAGGCUCCUCCACCUCCCAGAACACAUCAGCUCCAUCUAAAGAUGAGCCAGCUCAGACAGCCAAACCCAGGAAUGGAGGAAAAGAACGAGGAGGAGGAGGAGGGGGGGGCGGGUCUGGUAGAGGGCCCAAAGAUGGAGAUGCCACUUCUUUAGGAUUUUCAGGUUCCUCCUCCAGGAGGGACAGGGACCGCUCCUUUGAGAGAGGAGGAGGCCCCCCCCACCACCAUGGGGUCCCUGCCAAAGGCAGCAGAGUCAGUCGCGGACGAGGGGGAGAGUUCUACGGCCGUGGCCGUGGUUUCCGUGGCGCUUACACCGCCGCUGCUGGGCCCAUUCCCGGCGGUCGGGGCAGAAUGGGUGGCAGGAGCGGCAGAGACUACCGUUCAUCUGUCGGCGGUGGCCACAACCACGAGUCAAAGGGCGAGGGAGCCGGGGGUCGGCACGGUCAGGAUCGGUCCCAGCAUAACCCGGCCAGAGCCAGGAACCGCAGUGAAACCCGAAGCGAGGGCUCAGAGUACGAGGAAAUCCCCAAGAGAAGGAGGGAGAGAGGCUCAGAGACCGGGAGUGAGAGCGGUGCAAGUGACCUCGGCCCCUCUGACAAGGACGAACACCCGAAGCCCAGCAAGAAUGGCUCUGACAACGCCAAUGCCACCGGCAGCGUUAACAUGUCAUCUGCACCACCCAGAGGAUCCCAGGCCCGGGUGUUUACACCAAGAGGUGUGCCCUCAAGGAGGGGCAGGGGUGGAGGAGGUGGAGGAGGUGGAGGAGGUGGAGGAGGUGGAGGAGGAAAUAUGUACCGAAGUGGUGGCAAUGUUGGAGGCCCACCAGGGGGACACAGGGGCGGACCCGGCCCCGCCUCUCAGGGUGGGUCCUCCAAGUCAUCAGGCUCAGCCCGAAAGCAACAAGGCCCGCCUCAUACCUCUGGACCCAAAGACUCGGGCAGGGGAGGAAAUGGAGGAGAGAAGAAAGACAAAAUAGCUGAUGCUAGUCAAACUCAAAGUCAGGGGUCCAAUCCCCCUCAGCCGUCUCUGCCCGCUGCACCUCCUGCCAGUAUAUGUUCCACUGAAAAUGGCGGAGUUGUGACGCAGCAAGCUUCGACCAAUCCUACGCCCAAUCCUACGCCGAACUCAGGAGGGCCAAACGCUCCUCUUCCCACUAACCGUGGGUUCCCUCCCAGCGGGUUUGAGCGCCCACCCAGGCGUCGUCGUCAUGGGCGGUCCCAGCACCAGCAGGACAAGCCCCCCCGCUUCCGUAGACUGAAGGAGCGAGAAAACGCAGCACGCAUCAACGGAGGAGUGGGGGUCAUCGGUGGAGGAAGGCCCUCCUCCCCUUCCCUGAAUUCAGUUCAGGACAGUAACGGAGCACCCACCUCAGCCCCUGUCACGGGCAAUGCCCAAAAUACUAACCACACCACACCAACAACCAACAAUAACAGUGGUGGCGGGCAUCUCGGCAAUGCAAAUAAUCACCAUCAUCACCACUACAACCAGGGCAACGCCGGACAGACGCACCCCCAGCACCACCACAGCCACGGAGCAAAGUCCCCCGACUUCACCAACCAGAACUCGGACCAGGCCAACGAGGAAUGGGAGACUGCCUCCGAGAGCAGCGACUUCACAGAGUUCAGAGACAGGGAGGGAGGAGGAGGGGGGAAGACCUAUUCUUCUCACCAUCCCCACCACGUGGGAAGGGGUGGAGGGGGAGGUGGUGGCGCGGUCGACCGAGACAUGUCGGGGAAAGAGCCCUUGGCUAAUAAAAGAAGCUUCUCAAGCCAGCGUCCAGGCAUGGAGCGACAGAACCGAAGGGUCAACCAUGGAGGAGGUGGUGGUGGUGGAGGAGGAGGAGGAGGAGGAGGAGGAGGAAGAGGCCCACGAGGGCCGCCCGGUGGCGGCUCCGGUGGUCCUGGAAAUGGAGGAGGCAACCGCGGGGAGAGGCGUGGCAACUGGCCCUCUCCAAAAAAUAGGAAGUGAUGAAAAACAUUUCAGAUGAACCCCACCCACAUUAAAAGCACCCUCUUACAUCCUAAUCCCUUUUUGAUAAUUACUUCAUGGCUUAUCUGUUGGCAUCCCUAAACAUAUUAGUGCAUUGAACAGUUAAUGGAGAUAGUAUUUACCUUAGCAACAACCCACUAUCUACCGUCCGUUAUUGUACAUUUCUCCGUUUGUUCCUUCUUGCUCUCCGUUCAGUUGUGCCCCCUCCUGCCCCCUGCCUCCCUUAUCUUCCCUCAAGAACCUCACCCCAGUUGGAUUUGAAUAAGCAUGUGGUUCUGCAAAUGGGAGGUGCACGACGUUUUGACAGACAUUCACACAGAGAUCCACACACUCACAUAUACAAGCACAAAUCAGACAUCUUUACGAACACACGGAACACAUGCAGUCAUGUGGGUGCAAAACGAAAAACGGGGGAUUAAAUUGGCAAAAAUGGAUUGGGCAAAUUUUUAUAUUUAUGUACCGGUGUAUAUUUCUACCACACUUUGGCCUUGGGUGGUAUUCAGUAGUGCAGUGCUGCAUUACCCUCAUUUCCCUCACAAAGGGAAAAAGCUGCAGCUUCAUCUUUUAACGUGAACAAUGUACCAUAAGAUGUUUUCUCUUUGUGUCUUUUUUUUGGCCUUGUGUCAGAUGAGUUUCAACCUCUCAGCAAAUGUUAGGGGUGUGGGUAUUUUCUUCUAAAACGCAGGUAAUUAAAAACCUUUUUAAUAAAUUCCCCAAAUCCCCUUUUUGAUGACUUUUUGGUCUCUUGCAAACUAUGUCUAUGAUUACUGUGAUAGGACCCAUCAAAGUACUACUGCUUAGUGCUCACCUACACUUUGCAUUGAUCACAUUGAUUUGUCUUUAAUAUCAAUGUUUCUGCAGCUUGUUCAGAUCGAUGGUGUGAUUUUGUCCCAACCCCUAAAAAGUUGUUGACCUGCUCUGACAUUUCAUUUGGUAGUGGUUGGUCCUUUUUAGGAAAUGAUGGCUUUUUAGCCUCAUCGUAGCAUCCUCCUUAAGUUCUGCAUCAGUUUCCCCAAGUUUUAUUCUCUCAUUUGAGUUUUGUUUACCCUUUCAAGACUGUAUUAAUAGCUUAAUGGCUUUAUUUUAACAACCAUUAUUUCCUCAGUGACUUCCAUUUGUAUGGAAACACUUUUUUUUCUCGGAAGAUAAAAUACCUAUUGAUCUUGUGAGGGGGGAAAACGAGUUAAGUGAAAAUGUAGGCCAUGUUAGAAUUAAGAAAAAAAAAGUUUGACUUUCAUAAAAGUUGUUUAUGCUUUAAUAGGUAAUUAAAUAUAUGUUCUAAUAAGCACUCCUUGUAGUAUAACAACAAUCAAAUGUUUGCAGUUCUUUUUUAGUUUUUUUUCUUCUUUGUUUUUUUUGGGCAAGUUACAUGUCAUGCAUCAGGACAGGUACUCUGUCUGGGCCCAGAGUACAGAGAUAAGGAUGAAUAUUGUACUAAAACACCCCCUCUGUGUACUCUUGUGGAGACUCCUCACACCGAGAAAGGACUAAUACCAAGAGCUCUGAGUCUGACAAAGUGUGUGUUCUCGGGAUGGCUGUUCCAGGACAACCAGAAGCCCAAACUAAUAGAUUUCAGGACAAUGCUGCAACACAGUUUCCAAGAUUUCACUCGCAACAAAUAAUGCAGACCUGGAGUGUUGUGAACAUAUUUGGAUUGAUGUAGAAUUACACAUGUAAACAUAGUUUGUAUCAUACUUAAAAUACAUAAAAAUGGCACACAGACGGAAUCCAACUAAAAUCGAUGUAUACAUCUGCAUCAAUUCUGUCACUGCUGUAAGUUGGGGUGUGUUUGUUUACUGACAACAGUUUGAAGAUGGGAUGUUGUGAGUAGGGCAUUUGAUGAUUUGUGUACGUUGUGUGUGUGUGUGUGUGCUGGUGUGUAUGUGUGUGUGUGGCAUGUGUGCGUUUUCCGGUGUUUGCAUAAUAACUCGGGGGAAGGGGUGGGGGACCAGAGGGGUUUAACAUGAAUGGCAAGCACUUUUCUGCCUUGUUUGCCCACAUGUGAUUUAACCAUCAUUAUUAAGACAAUUCUACUGUUUCUUAAAUACAUCCACAUGUAUACGUUCAGCUGUGUCUACAUGUUCAACAUCCAAAUGAACACGCAGUGGAGAACUUCACCCUUUUUUUGUGUGUGUAAUUUAAUCAUACAUUCUUCUGCAGGCAAGUGAAGUUGGACAUACUUUAUUUUUCUCACUUCUAAGCAUGAACACACACCCAUGGGUGCAGCUUGCUUUGCCUGUUUAUACAUUGAUAGCUGUACACUUAAACUCUGGCUCAAAGAGUCCUUCAUCCCUCCUUUACUCUUAAUGUUGAUGUGCGCAUUAUUUUAUGUACCCAUGUUAAAAGAAAACUAAAUUAGUGUAUUCCAGAAAGAAAUUACUCAAAGAUUGUACUAUGUUUCCAGCAUUACCAAGGUACCUGGAGUGGUUCAAACUGUUUUUUAGCAUUUAUGGUUUUAUUAAUGGAACCGUAAUAUACACACAUGUCUGUAUAUUGGUAUGUAUCUAAGUUUUGUCUACCCCAACUUACAUUCCCACCAACAAAUGUUGCCAUUUUUAGUUCAAGGGAGCAAUGUACAAGCAGAGAAGUGUCUUAUUAUAAUAAAGUUAUACAGAGAAGGCAAAGUUAAAUAAACUACUUUUGAUUUAAUGGAAAAUGAAA